AUGGUUAAUACAAUUGUCAUGCACGUGCUGAAAUACACUUCCUGCUCUGGUGCUACUUCGGUGCAUUUCAGUGGUGGUGUUCUGCUAUUAUUUUUUCUGAGAAUCCUUGUGUUGCAAACAGCUGAUUGUUGCAAUUUUAAAGAAAGAUGUCACAAAGAUAAAAAUGAAUGUGAAGGAGUAUGGAGCAUCCUGGAAAAUUUUUGUGGUUUCUCAGGCAGCAACUGUCAAAUAAAAGAUUCACAGAACUGCAAUACAACCAUUCAUUAUAUAACUCAGAAAUAUCCAGAGUUUAGAGCCUGCACUUGCGCCGAAGAUAUGAAUUGUAGCAUCAGAAGGCUGCUUGGGAAGCAAUGCACUGCUGGCAAAGUUAAUACUAUUCCAACAGAGCCUAUAAAGCCUAACAUUCUUCAGAAAAGUUCCUUAAAAUAUUCAAGAACGACAGGUGUCAUCACACUGGCAAAACUAAAUGACUGUUAUGUAGCUAAACAGCACUGCAAACUAGACCGAAAUUGCUUUCAUUUGUAUGAAAACUUCAAAAAUUGCUGUAUCACUAAUGCAAACCUGUGCACUACUCAUGGAUCGCAUGAAACAUGCCUCUCAGCUUGGAGUGAAUUAAAAAGCACUGUUAUGGGGAACUGUGGGUGUUUAUAUCCAGCUAAGGAAAAAUGUUUAAAUAUCUGGAAUGGCAUCUACAAUAAUUCUUGUUUAAAACAUGCUAAAAAAAUGGAAUCCACGUUGGCCAACACAGAAGAAAUGAAGGAAAAAAACAAUGUUCCUGGAGCUGUAGACUCUGUUUCAAAUGACUUACAGUCCAUCAUCUCCUUAGAAUGGGAGUUAAGUUCACUAACAAGACUUGAAUACAGCAGCCCAAUGUCUUGCUUUGAAGUAGCAACCCUCUGUGUCAGAGACGAAGUGUGCAACAGACACUUGGCAGCACUACUACAGAUUUGUAAAGUCAAUGGAAAUGUAUGUAAUAUAACGGGCUGCCAGAGAGCAACAAAAUCAUUCUAUACCACAAUGCCUUUUCGUGUCUCUGAAUUGCUCGCUUUCUGUGAUUGUGCCCAAUCUGAUGAGGACUGCAAAAGUACAGGUGAUGACCUUCAUAGCAAGCCAUGUGCAGUUCAAGCAGAAACUCCCAUCUCUUGUGUUGAUGUAAUUCAUAGGUGCCUUAAAGAUGAGCUCUGCAGACAAGGAUAUGAAACUUAUCUGUCAAAAUGCUGGUGUGGAAAUAAUGAAAACUGCUUGCGGUACACGAGCAUAGAAGAACUCAGCUGCUCUGGAGAUGAUAACUGCAAAGCUGCCUAUAUCAGUACUCUUGGUACAGACCUUCACAUGCAGUGCACAUGUAGCCCAGCACUCGGGGUGGAGGAUCAGCGUCUAUGCAGAAUAUUUUAUCACAUGAUCCAUAGCAAGUCCUGUUUCAGUAAGUUUGCUCUCUUCCCACAGCUCUAA